ACCACAACGGCAGUGGCGUGGCCUUGUAUUUCCGCCUGGACGUCAACUACGACACCAACGCAGCCGUCAGCUUUGCUGUGAUCAAGCGCACGCCCAGGUGGGAGAGUGUGCAGGAGAUGGCUGGCCAGAUACUGCUGCUGAGUUUUGUGGGGAAUACACCGUAUGAGACCGCACACGCGUACCUGCACAACGCGUUGACGCCGUAUCUCACGUCUGUGUUUAUGCAGAGCAAAAGCGCCAACGAGCACGAGAAGGACAACAAGCUGUCGUCCGUUAAGCGCCAGUUGGCUGAUUUGGAGCUGAAACUUCUGAAUCUGCAACAGGACACAGAAAUACCCGACACUGUGUUCCGCAUCCAUCCCGAUAUAGAGACCGCUUUAGCACAAGCGCAACAAUCGGGGAUUACGGAAACGUCAGAUAUGCUGCGGCAGUUUGCGGAUGUGCCAGACAAUCUGUUGAGAGAACUCGAGACCAAUGUCAAGGAGUGGCAACGCGAGAUCGAAAAGAUCACCAGUUUGGACCAUGACUUAAACAUCAAGACCGCCACAUUGGAGGUCAACUUCUGGUUGAAUCUGGAGAAGGUGCUGAGUGAUCUGUUGCAACGCCUGAGCCAGAAGGAUAUCGGUGUGUACCUCCAUUCGUCGUGGAUGUGA